ACUGAAGGGAAGGAAGUCAUUAGUGCAGACUGAGCUGUGGAGUUAGGUUCUUGCAGGAUUUCCUUCCAGCCUUUCCCCACUUAGGUUCUUGGGAAUUAAGGAAAAAAAAAAUCUAAACACACAAACCAAGUUUUCCUAUUUACUAGGUUCAGAGAAGGUGGACAUUUCGGAAGGGCAGAUCCGAUCCCAAGUUGUCUAAGAAGCAGAAAACUGCGCAAAGAAGCUCUGAUUACAGAUCUUUGGAAUUUUCUUUGCUAAAUUUUUACAAACGAGAAAUACACCCAGAAUUUUGGGAAUUGCUCCAGGCUGCGUGUGAGGGUUUGAUUGCUUGUCUGAUCUUUUUCUUUUUUUGGAGAAGAGGAGAAUUUGCGAAGAGGGGCUUGGAUGGCAGGAGCCCGGCUGGGUUUCUGUGGCAGCUCCUGCCCUGGGUCUCUGCUCUGAGGGGUCUGCGGCCCAUCGGAGAGCUCCUUCCUGGAGCCUUUUCGUAGGCGCGGGUCAGGGAACAUGCCCCGCUCCGGCCCGGGCGCGCCGCUGGCCGCCGGGACGUCUUAGCCCCGUGGGAGAGUGUGGUGGCCGCGGCACUUCGCGCUGAACCGAAGACGAAGACUGUCGGUCCUAUCCAGGAAAGAACGAGGGGGUGCAAGGAGGCAGCAUGACUUGCAGUCGCCGCCGCCCUGCGUCUGCCCCCAGCCCCCAGCCCACCUCUUGAUGCGUCCCGGGUCGGCUGUACAAAUAUGAUGAAAUGGCAGCCCCGGAAGAAGGCAUACUUCCGACAGGGUGUUGCCCUCCAGUACCUUGGACGUCACGCGGACGCCCUGGCAGCCUUUGCAUCUGGGCUGGCUCAAGACCCCAAGAGUCUCCAGCUCCUGGUGGGGAUGGUGGAAGCUGCCAUGAAGUCUCCCAUGAGAGACACCCUGGAGCCCACUUACCAGCAGCUUCAGAAAAUGAAACUAGACAAGAGUCCCUUUGUGGUCGUGUCUGUGGUUGGGCAGGAACUCCUGACAGCUGGCCACCACGGGGCCUCCGUGGUUGUCUUAGAAGCUGCUCUGAAGAUUGGCACUUGCAGCCUCAAACUGAGAGGCUCUGUCUUCUCCGCCCUGAGCAGUGCACACUGGUCUCUUGGCAACACAGAGAAGAGCACUGGGUACAUGCAGCAAGACUUGGACGUAGCCAAGACCUUAGGUGACCAGACAGGAGAAUGCCGAGCUCACGGGAAUCUAGGCUCUGCAUUCUUUUCCAAGGGGAAUUACCGAGAGGCCCUCACAAACCACAGGCAUCAGCUGGUGCUCGCCAUGAAGCUCAAGGAUCGGGAGGCAGCGUCGUCAGCGCUGAGCAGUCUGGGUCACGUGUACACAGCCAUCGGAGACUACCCCAACGCGCUGGCCAGUCACAAGCAGUGCGUCCUCCUCGCCAAGCAGUCCAAAGAUGACCUUUCCGAAGCCCGAGAACUUGGGAACAUGGGAGCCGUGUACAUCGCCAUGGGUGACUUCGAGAACGCUGUGCAGUGCCACGAACAGCACCUGCGGAUAGCCAAGGACCUGGGAAGCAAGCGCGAGGAGGCCCGUGCCUACAGCAACCUGGGCAGUGCCUACCACUACCGGAGGAACUUUGACAAGGCCAUGUCCUACCACAACUGUGUGCUGGAGCUGGCACAGGAGCUGAUGGAGAAGCCCAUUGAGAUGCGAGCCUACGCUGGCUUGGGCCAUGCAGCCAGGUGCAUGCAGGACCUGGAGAGGGCAAAACAGUACCAUGAGCAGCAGCUGGGUAUCGCGGAGGACCUCAAGGACCGGGCGGCGGAGGGCCGCGCAUCCUCCAAUCUGGGGAUCAUCCACCAGAUGAAAGGCGAUUAUGACACAGCCCUAAAGCUCCACAAGACCCACUUGUGCAUCGCCCAAGAGUUGAGCGACUACGCGGCCCAAGGCCGUGCCUAUGGAAAUAUGGGCAAUGCCUACAAUGCCCUGGGCAUGUACGACCAGGCCGUCAAGUACCACCGUCAAGAGCUGCAGAUCUCCAUGGAAGUGAAUGACCGUGCCUCUCAGGCUUCGACUCAUGGGAACCUGGCUGUCGCCUACCAGGCCCUGGGAGCCCAUGACCGGGCACUGCAGCACUACCAGAACCACCUGAACAUUGCCCGGGAGCUGAGAGACAUCCAGAGCGAGGCCCGGGCUCUCAGCAACCUGGGGAACUUCCACUGCUCCAGGGGAGAGUAUGUGCAGGCCGCACCCUACUACGAGCAGUACCUCCGCCUCGCUCCCGACCUCCAGGACAUGGAGGGGGAAGGAAAGGUCUGCCACAACCUUGGCUAUGCCCACUACUGCCUCGGGAACUACCAGGAGGCUGUGAAGUACUAUGAGCAGGAUCUGGCUCUGGCCAAAGACCUUCAUGACAAACUGAGCCAAGCAAAAGCCUAUUGCAACUUGGGCCUGGCCUUCAAAGCUCUGCUGAAUUUUGCUAAAGCCGAGGAGUGUCAGAAGUACCUUCUGUCCCUAGCCCAGUCCCUGGAUAAUUCCCAGGCAAAGUUUCGAGCCCUAGGGAACCUGGGUGAUAUAUUCAUCUGCAAAAAGGAUGUAAAUGGUGCGAUAAAGUUCUACGAGCAACAGCUGGGCCUAUCUCACCAUGUGAAAGACAGAAGGCUGGAGGCCAGUGCCUACGCGGCCCUGGGUACCGCGUACCGAAUGGUCCAGAAGUACGACAAGGCCUUAGGCUAUCACACGCAGGAGCUGGAGGUCUACCAGGAACUGAGUGACCUGCCAGGGGAGUGCCGGGCUCACGGGCACCUGGCGGCCGUCUACAUGGCCCUUGGAAAAUAUACAAUGGCAUUCAAGUGUUACCAGGAGCAGCUGGAGCUGGGGCGGAAGCUGAAGGAGCCGAGUCUGGAAGCCCAGGUGUACGGCAACAUGGGCAUCACAAAGAUGAACAUGAAUGUGAUGGAGGAUGCCAUUGGCUACUUUGAGCAGCAGCUGGCCAUGCUGCAGCAGCUCAGUGGGAACGAGUCUGUGCUGGACAGGGGUCGGGCCUACGGCAACCUGGGGGAUUGCUAUGAGGCCCUAGGGGACUAUGAGGAAGCCAUCAAGUACUACGAGCAGUACCUGUCUGUCGCCCAGAGUCUGAACCGCAUGCAAGACCAAGCCAAGGCUUACCGGGGUCUAGGAAACGGACACAGGGCGACGGGGAGCUUGCAGCAGGCCCUUGUGUGCUUCGAGAAGAGGCUUGUGGUGGCCCAUGAGCUUGGGGAGGCCUCCAAUAAAGCUCAGGCCUACGGAGAGCUGGGAAGUCUCCACAGCCAAUUAGGGAACUAUGAGCAAGCCAUCUCCUGCCUUGAACGCCAGCUGAACAUUGCCAGAGACAUGAAGGACCGAGCUUUGGAAAGUGAUGCAGCCUGCGGCCUGGGGGGUGUCUACCAGCAGAUGGGAGAGUACGACACAGCCCUGCAGUACCACCAGCUCGAUCUGCAGAUUGCAGAGGAGACCGACAACCCCACAUGCCAGGGCCGGGCCUACGGGAACCUGGGCCUCACCUAUGAAUCCCUGGGCACUUUCGAGAGGGCUGUGGUCUAUCAGGAGCAGCACCUGAGCAUCGCAGCGCAGAUGAACGACUUGGUGGCCAAGACUGUAUCUUACAGCAGCCUGGGAAGGACUCACCACGCCCUCCAGAACUAUUCACAGGCAGUCAUGUACUUACAGGAAGGUUUAAGGUUAGCUGAGCAACUGGGUCGAAGAGAAGAUGAAGCAAAGAUCCGCCAUGGUCUUGGUCUCUCCCUUUGGGCAAGUGGAAACCUGGAGGAGGCUCAGCACCAGCUUUACAGGGCAUCAGCCUUGUUUGAAACGAUCCGGCACGAGGCACAGCUGAGCACAGACUACAAGCUCUCUCUGUUCGACCUGCAGACUUCUUCCUACCAGGCCUUGCAGCGGGUGCUCGUCAGCCUAGGUCACCAUGACGAAGCCCUGGCAGUGGCAGAAAGGGGCCGGACGAGAGCGUUUGCUGACCUGCUGGUGGAAAGACAGACAGGACAACAGGACUCAGACCCCUACUCGCCCAUCACCAUCGAUCAGAUCUUAGAGAUGGUUAAUGCGCAGCGGGGACUAGUGCUGUACUACUCCCUGGCCGCAGGCUAUCUCUACAGCUGGCUGCUUGCUCCCGGAGCAGGAAUCCUGAAGUUUCACGAACAUUACUUGGGUGAUAAUUCGGUGGAAAGUUCCAGUGACUUCCAAGCCGGCAACAGUGCAGCCCUCCCCGUAGCCACCAGCUCUACAUUGGAGCAGCACAUCGCCAGUGUCCGGGAGGCCCUGGGGGUGGAGUCUUACUACUCCAGGGCCUGUGCCAGCAGUGAGACAGAAAGCGAAGCCGGAGACAUCAUGGAACAGCAGUUGGAGGAGAUGAACAAGCAGCUUAACUCGGUAACCGACCCCACAGGCUUCCUGAGGAUGGUGCGCCACAACAACCUCCUACACAGGAGCUGCCAGAGCAUGACAAGCUUAUUCAGUGGUACGGUGUCACCCAGCAAGGAUGGGACCUCCUCUCUACCCAGGAGGCAGAACUCACUGGUCAAGCCCCCACUCCGCGCCCUGUACGAUCUGCUCAUCGCGCCCAUGGAAGGGGGCCUGAUGCACUCCAGCGGCCCUGUGGGCCGGCACCGGCAGCUGGUCCUGGUUCUGGAGGGGGAGCUCUACCUUGUCCCCUUUGCUCUCCUGAAGGGCAGCGCGUCCAAUGAGUACCUGUAUGAACGCUUUACCCUCAUUGCUGUGCCCGCCGUCCGCUCCCUUGGUCCGCACUCCAAGUGUCACCUGAGGAAGACCCCACCCACAUAUUCCAGCUCCACAGCCAUGGCAGCUGUCAUAGGCAACCCUAAGCUCCCGUCAGCAGUGAUGGACAGGUGGCUGUGGGGCCCGAUGCCCUCGGCAGAAGAGGAGGCAUACAUGGUGUCAGAACUUCUGGGCUGUCAGCCCCUGGUGGGCAGUAUGGCCACCAAGGAGAGGGUCAUGAGUGCCCUGACCCAGGCUGAGUGUGUCCACUUUGCUACCCAUGUCUCUUGGAAACUAUCAGCCUUAGUCCUCACACCCAACACAGAGGGCAACCCUGCCAGCAGCAAGAGCUCCUUCGGCCACCCCUACACAAUCCCCGAGUCGCUGCGGGUGCAGGAUGACGCGAGUGACGUAGAAAGCAUCUCAGACUGCCCACCACUGCGGGAGCUGCUCCUCACAGCGGCCGACCUCCUGGACCUGCGGCUGUCUGUGAAGCUGGUGGUGCUCAGUUCUUCCCAGGAGGCCAACAGCCGAGUCACAGCAGACGGCUUGGUGGCGCUGACACGAGCCUUCCUGGCUGCUGGUGCACAGUGUGUGCUCGUGGCUCUGUGGCCGGUGCCGGUCGCGGCCUCUAAGAUGUUCGUUCAUGCCUUCUACUCAUCCCUGCUGAAUGGCCUGAAGGCCAGCGCCUCCCUAGGCGAGGCCAUGAAGGCAGUGCAGAGCAGCAAGGCCUUCUCGCAUCCUUCCAACUGGGCAGGCUUCACGCUUAUUGGGAAUGAUGUCAAGCUGAACAGCCCCUCGUCGCUCAUCGGCCAAGCGCUCACGGAGAUCCUGCAGCACCCAGAGCGGGCACGGGACGCCCUGCGUGUGCUGCUGCACCUGGUGGAGAAGUCCCUGCAGCGGAUCCAGAAUGGACAGCGCAAUGCCAUGUACACAUCUCAGCAGAGCGUAGAGAAUAAAGUGGGCGGCAUCCCUGGAUGGCAGGCCCUCCUCACCGCAGUGGGUUUCCGGCUGGACCCUGCUGCCAGUGGACUGCCAGCAGCCGUCUUCUUCCCAACCUCAGACCCAGGCGACAGGCUGCAGCAAUGCAGUAGCACUCUCCAGGCCCUGCUGGGUCUGCCCAACCCAGCCCUCCAAGCACUGUGCAAGCUCAUCACGGCCUCAGAGACAGGCGAGCAGCUCAUCAGCCGGGCUGUUAAAAAUAUGGUGGGAAUGCUCCAUCAGGUGCUGGUUCAGCUUCAGGCCUGCGAGAAGGAACAGGACUUUGCCUCAGCUCCCAUUCCAGUCUCCCUCAGUGUUCAGCUGUGGCGGCUCCCAGGGUGCCAUGAGUUCCUGGCAGCUCUCGGGUUUGACCUUUGUGAAGUGGGCCAAGAGGAAGUGAUCCUGAAAACCGGUAAACAGGCUAGUCGGCGCACCACCCACUUUGCUCUCCAGUCCCUGCUGUCACUCUUCGAUUCCACGGAGCUCCCCAAGCGUCUCAGCCUGGACAGCUCCUCCUCCCUGGAGUCCCUGGCGUCAGCACAGUCUGUGUCCAACGCUCUGCCCUUGGGCUACCAGCACCCUCCUUUCUCACCCACGGGGGCAGACAGCAUUGCCUCCGACGCCAUCUCUGUGUACAGUCUCAGCUCAAUUGCCUCCUCCAUGAGUUUUGUCUCCAAGCCCGAGGGGGGAUUGGAAGGCGGAGGUACUCGAGGACGACAGGACUAUGAUAGGUCCAAGGGCACCCACCCACAACGAGCCACCCUGCCACGGCGCCAGAUGUCCCCCCAGGCCAGACAUGGGGCCAGCAAGGAAGAAGAAGAGUAUGAGGGGUUCUCCAUCAUCAGCAUGGAGCCUCUGGCAACCUACCAAGGCGAGGGGAAGGCAUGCUUCUCCCCUGACCCCAAACAGCCCUGUGUCAAGGCACCAGGUGGUGUGAGGCUCUCGGUCAGCUCCAAGGGCAGUGUCAGCACCCCCAACUCCCCCGUGAAGAUGACCCUGAUCCCCAGCCCAAACUCACCCUUUCAGAAAGUGGGAAAACUGGCAAGCUCAGACACAGGUGAGUCGGACCAGUCCAGCACAGAGACUGACAGCACUGUGAAGUCCCAGGAGGAGAGUGCCCCAAAGCUAGAUCCCCAGGAGCUGGCCCAGAGGAUCCUGGAGGAGACCAAAAGCCACCUCCUGGCCGUAGAGCGCCUUCAGAGGAGUGGAGGCCCAGCCAGCCCUGACCGAGAAGACAGCGUGACAGUACCCAGCAACACCACAGUUUUCAGGGCCUCGGAGACCAGCGCCUUCAGCAAGCCUAUCCUCUCUCAUCAGAGGAGCCAGCUGUCGCCACUCACUGUCAAACCACAGCCCCCAGCCAGGAGCUCAUCCCUUCCCAAGGUGAGCAGCCCUGCCUCAUCAGAGGUAUCAGGCAAGGAUGGCCUGAGCCCUUCUGGCAGCAGCCACCCAUCACCUGGCCGCAACACCCCAGUCUCCCCAGCAGACCCGCCACUCUUCAGACUCAAGUACCCCAGCUCUCCUUACAGCGCUCACAUUUCCAAGUCCCCCCGGAACACAUCACCUGCGUGCAGUGCACCAUCUCCAGCACUCUCCUACUCUUCAGCUGGCUCUGCUCGCUCCAGUCCAGCCGAUGCCCCCGAUGAGAAGGUGCAGGCCGUGCACAGCCUCAAGAUGCUCUGGCAGAGCACACCCCAGCCCCCCAGAGGCCCCCGGAAAAUAUGUCGAGGUGCACCGGGAACCUUGACAUCAAAAAGAGAUGUCCUCAGCCUGCUGAAUUUGUCCCCUCGGCAUGGCAAGGAAGAGGGUGGGGUAGACAGGCUGGAACUGAAGGAGCUGUCUGUGCAGCAACAUGACGAGGUGCCACCCAAAGUCCCCACCAAUGGCCACUGGUGCACAGAUACAGCAACACUGACAACAGCGGGUGGCCGCAGCACCACAGCUGCCACGCGCCCUCUGAGACUUCCCUUGGCCAACGGCUACAAGUUCCUGUCCCCAGGAAGGCUCUUCCCUUCCUCCAAAUGUUAAAAGCAGCUUCUUACGCCCAACUCAGUGUGCACUACAGGCCGAGCCCCGGGGCCCCAUGCAGUGCGGUCACCCACCCACACAGCCACUGAUACCAUCUCUCCCCAGACAGCUGGGCUCCCUGGGCACAGUCACUGCCACGCCAAAUACCAGUGCACUCACUGGUAGCCCCUAGGCAAGAUUCACCCAAAGCAGGUCUUGCGUGGGGAUGGCAGUGCCUUCUCUGCCUCUUUGCCCUGCUCGAGUUACACUCUGCCACAGGGUUUGCUGCCAAGUCUCUAUGCAUACCUUUCCUACAGGAGCGCAGACAGCUCUUGUCGGGCUUCCAGGUGCUGGUGAGAUAUCUAACGCUCUAAGUUAAGUUCUGCACUGACACAUUACAUUAGCCAAAAGGAGAACUAUGGUUUUUAAAAUGCCAAUUCUUUGUGAUUAAAUUGUAGCCAUUUCUGGUGGAUACCGAAGUCACAGCCACAAUGCAAUAACUCGUGUUGAAAGCUUACAUCCCUAGCUGCUCCCCAUGAGCGAGGCCAGGGGCCUUUUGACCCCUCUGUUGGCCAAACUUGAAUUUUCUUAAAAAAGUAAAAAUAAAAAUUCUGUACUCUUGUCCAGGCAUUUUAGAACUAUGCAACUGUGGUUUAAAACACAACAUUGUGCUUUUAAAACAUAACUGACCUUUUUUGUACAUGGAUAAACACUUGGUUUUAUUAUCAAUAGUACUUUGCAUUUAUAGCCAUUAUUUUUAAAAGCUCAAGAAAUUUUAAAAUGUCAAAUUUUGAAUAUUCAUCCAUAAGUAGCAAUCAAGUUUUCCUGGGGGUAUGGUUGAAAUUAUUCAAUUUCCUUAUUUAAAGAAAAAAAAGAGAGAGAAAGAGGAAAGAAGAAAAAAGAAAAAAAAAACAAAAAACAAAAAACAAAAAAAACAAAAAUCCAGUCAGUCCCCCUAGCUAGCUAGGCCGGAACCCCUGCCAUGUCAUCAGCUGCCUUGCUGCGUCUCUCCUCUCUCCCCUGCAGACGUCUCUUGGCCACCAGGCCCCCACAGCCCGGGUCAGUCAGUCCUUGCACACACCUCAGCAGCUGCAGCUGCACCACCACCACCAGGUCAGGCUAAUACUCCUUCCUCCCUCCCACACUCCCACCCUCCCUUCUUUCCUUCCUUCUGUUGUGAGCACUGAGAUUAAGCCCCGCCCCCUCACUGUGAGAGCAGUCAUCUCCACAGGGGUCUAGGGGCCUGCCUGGCAUCAUGACCCCAAGGCACUUCUGGCCUCGCAGUAGGCUCUGACUUGGGUUGUUUCUGGUCGUGGGGUCUCUAGCCCAAGCUAGCCUUUCAGAUCUGCAGGAAUCCUCCUGCCUCAGCCGGCUCCAACAACCCACACUAGGACCACACUCUGUAGCCGCUGAGGGACCUCCACCUCAGUGUUUGCAAGCUGACUCCAUGUUACUCCAGUGAGUUUUGUCUUAGAGGAUUCUGCAUUUGACCCGACCACCUUGGUGACAACCACAGUAAGGGGGCUGUCAUUCUAACCCGGCCCCAGCCCUAGGAGAGAAAUACUUCACGAAGCAGCACAUACUCUUAGGUUAGCAGGGAGCUAACUCACCAUGUAGCAGAUGAAAAAACCAAACCCAGCACUGUGCACACCACUUACAAAGAAGUCAGGUCCUCGGCAACCGAGAAUCAACCUCAGCACAAACUCGGGUGGCCGGGCUCUGCCCUCCUCAGCCACCACCUCAGCCUCUCCCUCACCCCUCCUCCCAAGUGCCCAGGAGCCUGGAUCUUUGUGCUUUGUCCAGGGCGCAGCCAGUCAUCAGCAAAUACCUCCACCCCUCAGACCAUGUGUGGUUGUCAAGCCAUGGAGGAGGACUCCUAAGCUGCCCUGGUGUACACCUAGGUACGCUGUUGUUUCUCUGAUUGACACUGAAGAGCCAAUCAAUACCUGGGAUGCUUUUUAUUUGUCUUAGAUGUAAGUUUCAAUGAAGGAAAACAGAGUUGGCAAAAUAACGGGACUGGUGUGCAGACCCAAGUCGUCGUUUACGCCAGUCUUGGUGAUUCCAUGCAUGCGGAAUAAAGUCAAAUGAAGUUCUCAGCUAUGUCGCAAAGAGGACACUUCAAAUCAUGAGAGACUGUAUGAUCAGAUGAGUUCUGUACGGGUCAGGGGUUGACGACCAUGACCCACAGCUGAGGCUGUCGAAUGAGUUUGAAGUUCUGUUUGUUUGUCUUGACCGUAAGCCAGUGAUGGAUUUUCCCUUUUAAAAUGGUUAAUGAGUACAGCAGAAGUCCUGAUUUCGCCCCUUGGUUCACAAAGCCUGAAGUCACCUGUUACCCAGCCUGUUGAAUGAAAGGUUGGCAGCUCCUGGUACACACAACUAAAAGAUGGAUGCCAGGAAGUAUUAUCAAGGAAGCGGGGGAGACCGCUGGCCUGUUGUGCCCAAAGCCUCAAGGGCUCACACUUGAUGGAGGUGGCUCCCCCCUAGCUCUUGGCUCUUGAAGCCAACAGAUCUGAGUCAAAGUUACAAAAGUGGUCUCUGUGUCCCCUUUGCUGGUAGUUAGUAUAGAGACAUCCCCUUAAGCUCAGGAAAUAAAAGUUUUUAAUACAAUUUUUCUUAAACGUUCUGCCCUGCUCUACCAGACAAAGACACGCUCCAGACAAGCCGCAGCCUCCCCUAGGAGCUUGGUGGGGCCACAAAGCAAGGCCCUUCGUAGGCUGCCCCCGUUUUCACCAGCAAUGACUCCUUAACUACAAACACACCCAAGAAAAUCACCUACCAAAACUUACACAUUGUUUCUGCACCAGUGUGUGCAGGUCUCACCUUCCUCCCUUUGGAAAAAAAAGAAAGAAAAAGAAAGAAAGAAAGAAAGAAAGAAAGAAAGAAAGAAAGAAAGAAAGAAAGAAAGAAAGAAAGAAAUGAGUCCACACUGGUCGGUGGUGAGGUGCUGCCCGGGCGCAGUGGCCCCUCGUACCUUGUGAGUGGGCCAGCAGCAACAGUGCAGCUCCCUGACACACACUGUACUCCUGGCUUGAGAACUGGGCCUGUUUGUAGAGGAUCCUUCAGAGACGUCCACGCCAGCACUCACCCGCCCCAGUCCUGGGCACCUCCCUACUUGGCAUUCACUCUCCUUAUAUGCAUUGUUAGCCACCUUUGGCCUACAUGGACUCCUUUUUGUAAAUUACACAAUUUCCAGACAGCAUUAAACUUUUUAUAUUAUGAAAUUUGCCAUGUAAAAAGAACUUCAUAUUUUUAUUGAGGCUGCGGGCGCUUGGCCCUUCCUUUGUGAUUCAGUGUCUAUUAAAGCAUGAGCCUGUCAGUUUUAAAUGCU